AUGAAUAAUGGAGGACCAAGAGAAUUGGAGAUUUGCCAUCUUCUCUAUGCAGAUUACACCAUCAUCUUUUGUGAAGCUGAAGCAGACCAGGUCAAAUACAUCAGAGUAAUACUUGUGGUCUUCGAAGGUGUCUCAGGUUUGAAAGUUAACUGGAGAAAGAGCAACCUAUUCCCUAUCAAGGAGGUGAGUAACAUUCAGUCUCUGGCUGACAUCUUAGGGUGUGGUGGGGAAAACCUACCUAUUGUCUAUUUAGGCAUGCCACUAGGAUACAAGCACAAUGAAGUGGUGAUAUGGGACAGCAUCAUUGAAAAGACAGUGAAGAGGUUGUCACAGUGGAAAGCUCAAUAUUUAUCCCUUGGAGGAAGAGUCACUUUAAUCAACUCUGUCUUAGACUCACUUCCCACAUAUGUGAUGUCCCUUUUCCCUAUCCCUUCCAGUGUAGCAGAGAAACUCGACAGGCUUAGAAUAGACUUCUUAUUAGAAAGACAACAAAGAGGGGGGUUGAUACAAUCUGGUCAAAUGGGAAAUGACACACUUGAGCAAAAAUCAAGGAGGUUUGGGCAUCAGAAAUUUAAAAUCCCACAACAAAUGCUUGCUAAUGAAGUGGCUAUAGAAAUUCAGUGA